AAAAAAAAAAAAAAAUCAAGAACCUUGAAAUAAUAUCCAAGCCAUGAUUCCAGGUGAGAUUACAGGAAUUCACUAUUUUUCGCCGGAAAAUCCAAUUCCAUUCUCAGGUUUUCUACAUCAGAACAACAUUCCAAGCUUCCAUUUCAAUACGCUAUUGACAAACUUUCAUCAGAACUCUCCAUUUCCUCAACCUGUUCAGGAUUUCACUACUCAGACCUCAAGCCUGAGCAACAACUCAACUUCUGAUGAAGCUGAAGAAACCCAACUCAGCAUAAUAGACGAAAGGAAACAGCGAAGAAUGAUUUCGAACAGGGAAUCUGCUCGAAGAUCGCGAAUGAGGAAACAGAAACAUUUAGAUGAGCUAUGGUCUCAGGUUGUUCGUCUCAGAACUGAGAAUCAUAACCUGAUGGAUAAACUGAAUCAUGUUUCUGAAUGUCAUGACCGCGUUCUUCAAGAAAAUGCAAGACUUAAAGAAGAAGCUUCUGAUCUUCGCCAAAUGCUAACUGAAAUGCAAAUUGGUAGUCCUUUUACUGCUACUGCUUUAAGAGAUCUUGAAGAAGUAGUUCCAUGCAACACAGCACACUUAAGAGCUGAAGCAUCAAACCAAUCCAUCUCUAGUACUAAUGUAGACUUGCUUCGUUAAAAAAAAAUAAAUAAAUAAAGAGAGAUGGAAAUUUUCUGUAAUAAUUAGUUUUAUUUUCCUGAUGUUUAUUGGUCUGAAGAUAUACUGUACUAGAUCAGAAAAAAAGAAAAGCUGCAAUAACAGCUGAGUUUUUUGAUCAGUCCAUUACUGAAUUAUGUAUGAA